AUGCCAUCAUUUCACUUGGUUGGUUCUCUUUCUCCCUCCAUAGGAAACUUUACCUUUCUCAGAGAACUCAAUAUUCAGAAUAACAAUUUUCAUGGUAUGAUUCCUGAAGAAGUAGGCAGACUUUUUCGGCUUCAAUAUCUUCGUUUUGCCAAUAAUUCCUUUGAGGGAGAACUUCCAUUAAAUAUCACGGGUUGGUCAGAGCUAAGUGUUCUUGAUUUAAGGGGUAAAAGGCUCAUCGGGGGAAUUCGAGAUGACUUGAGCACUUUAUCUAAGCUUUAUGCUCUGAGCCUUUCCAGGAAUAAUUUCUCAGGUAGCAUUCCACCAUCUAUCGGUAAUAUUUCCUCUCUUCAGAUACUUAGCAUAUCAAGAAACUAUCUAGGUGGAAAUAUUCCAGCUGAGAUUGGUCAGCUUUCAAAUCUGCAUGUCCUUGAGCUGUCCUCAAAUAAACUUUUAGGUGCAGUUCCUCCUCAGCUCUACAACAUUUCGACUCUCCAGAUCUUUUCUAUUACUAACAAUCUAUUAAGUGGACAGUUUCCUGCUACUGUGGGAUUGACUCUUCCAAACCUUACUUUAUUUUUGGCUGAUUUGAACCAAUUCUUUGGAUCAAUUCCCACUACAUUAGCAAAUGCUUCAGGGCUCAUAAAAAUUAGCAUAGGAGACAAUUCACUCACAGGACCAAUUCCACAAAAUCUAGGUAGCCUGAAAGAACUUCAGGUUUUACAUUUUGGCCAUAAUCACCUUGGAACUGAUAAAGCAAAUGAUAUUAGCUUUAUUUCCUCCUUAACAAAUUGCACAAAUCUACAAAUAUUGAGUUUGUCAAGAAUUCAAAUUGGAGGCAUACUACCAACUGCCAUUGCCAAUCUUUCAACCAAACUCACAUCUUUGUGGCUGAAUGAUAACAUUAUAUCUGGUAGCUUACCUUCUGGGAUUGGAAACCUUGCAAGCUUGGGCUAUCUUGAUGUACGUAACAAUUCUCUCUCAGGUAUUAAUCCUGAUUCCGUGGGGAAACUUAUUAAAAUGCAGGAGCUUUAUCUGUCUGAAAAUAGUUUCACAAGAGAAAUUCCUUCAACAAUCGGUGACAUUUCUGAACUACAGAUUCUUGUAUUAGAACAGAAUAUGCUUACAGGUAACAUUCCUGUUUCUUUGAGUAACUGCAGUAACUUGCAAGGAUUUACUGUUAGUCAGAAUCGCCUAAGUGGAGCUUUACCUAAAGAACUCCUUGGUCUUUCAUCUCUCUCUCUUGGCCUCCUCUUAGCUCAAAACCAAUUCACCGGAUCAUUACCAUCAGAAGUUGGCAAUAUGAAGAAUCUAGUGUCAUUGGAUAUUUCAGAAAACAAAUUAUCUGGUGAAAUUCCAACCUCUAUUGAUGGUUGUGAGAUGUUGGAAAAUCUUAGGUUGAAAGAAAAUUUGAUUGGUGAAGGUAAAUAUGGCUCUGUUUACAAAGGGGUCCUCAAGCCUGGUGAGCAAAUGGUUGCUGUUGAGGUUCUUAAGCUCCACCAACAUGGUGCCCAUAAGAGCUUCUUGGCUGAAUGUGCAGCAUUGAGAAACAUCCGCCAUCGAAACCUUGUCAGGAUCAUAACCUCUUGUUCAAGUUUAGAUUUCAAACACAACGAUUUCAAAGCUUUGAUAUUCGAAUAUGUGCCCAAUGGAAGUUUAGAGAAUUGGUUACAUCCAAGUUCAGCUGAGGAAGAAGGACAAAGCCUAAUGAAGCUCCAGUUGAUACAAAGAUUGAAUAUUGCAAUCGACAUUGCGUCCGCCUUGGAUUACCUUCAUAACCAUUGUGGGACACCGAUUAUCCACUGUGAUCUAAAGCCGAGCAACAUACUUCUAGGUGAUGAUUUUCGCGCUUUUGUUAGUGAUUUUGGCCUAGCAAAAUUUCUUUCCUCCAUUGAAGGUAAAUCCCAUCAACAUCAAAGCAGCUCAAUAGCAAUUAGAGGAACAGUUGGAUAUGUUGCUCCAGGUACAAUUACAUGCCUUCUUCAUGUUCUUGUACACGUGUAA